AUGAAAUUCGGAAAGAGUCUCAACAACCAGAUCGAGAAAACUGUUCCUCAAUGGCGCGACAAGUUUCUCUCUUACAAGCUACUCAAGAAGAAAUUGAAGCUUCUUCCACCACCCGCCGAUGAACGCCCCAACAAAAGAGCUAGGAUCCACGAUGGUGAUAUGUCUAAUGAAGAAACUGAUUUCCGGAAUUCCCUUGAAAAUGAACUCCACAAAUUCAAUAGCUUCUUCGUCGAGAAAGAGGAAGAGUGCAUUAUAAGAUUCAAGGAGUUACAAGAUUGUGUGGCUAAAGGAAAGGGUUCCAAUGAACAAAUGAUUCAAAUUCAUAAGGAUAUUGUAGAUUUCCAUGGAGAAAUGGUUUUGCUUGAAAACUACAGUGCCCUUAAUUACACAGGACUAGUGAAAAUACUAAAGAAGUAUGAUAAGAGAACAGGAGCACUGAUUCGGUUGCCAUUCAUUCAGAAGGUCUUGCAAGAACCAUUCUUUACCACAGACUUGCUCUACAAGCUUAUAAAAGAGUGUGAAACAAUGUUGGAUGCCCUUUUCCCAUUCGCCGAGUCAGCUGAACAGGGCGACGAUCCUUCUACUUCCACGAGUUUGACAAACUCGGAUCAUUUUACGCCAGAGGAGAUAUCUGAAAUGCAGAGCCUCUAUUUGAAGAGUACAAUAUCUGCUUUGAAUGUUCUGCAGGAAAUCAGAAGUGGUAGCUCCACAGUCAGCAUGUUUUCGUUGCCACCAUUGGAACAAACUUUGAACAAUAUUUCUGUUUUGGAACAAACAGCAAAGUAA